AUGGACACUUCCAAGUUGAAAGAACUGAUUAAUGGCGAACCUUACUGGUGUGAUUCUGACGAAUCAAUAUUACAAAAACCCUACACUCAUCUUACACAGAAACAAGGCAAAAAAUUCAGAUUGAAGUUGAUCCUCAUAUUAAAUAAAAUCUUUUUCCACUUACCACAGGAUUUAGUAAUGAAUUUGAAUCAAAUCAUAGAAAUCUUACAUAAUUCAUCACUAUUAAUUGACGAUAUUGAAGAUAAUUCCAUCUUGAGACGUGGUUUGAAAGCAUCACACGUCGUAUUUGGAUCCCCAAUGACCAUCAAUUCUGCUAACUACAUGUACUUCAAAGCUAUGGAAAUUAUACCACUUCUAAUACCAUCAGAACUCGAUGAGCUAGACAAACCACGAUUAACUUCUGAAUUAUACGAAAUUUUUAAUACAGAAUUACUCAAUUUACAUCGUGGUCAAGGUCUAGAUAUUUAUUGGAGAGAUCACUUUAUCAUACCCACAGAAGAAAUGUACUUCAAUAUGGUAAUUAACAAAACAGGAGGUUUAUUCAGAUUGACGGUUAAAUUGAUGGCAAAAGUAGCUACAUAUACUAAGACCCAAUCUAAUGACGAAAAUAAGUCGUUGGUUCCAUUGUGCAAUUUACUCGGUGUUGUUUAUCAAGUUAGAGAUGACUAUUUGAACCUUUUAAAUGACGAUAUGAUUGUCAAUAAAGGUUUUGGUGAAGAUAUUACGGAAGGUAAAUUAUCUUUCCCUGUCAUACAUGGCCUGAAUUACGAGAAGAAGAUAAACCAAGAUAAAAUGUUUCUUUGGAACACUUUAUUGUCAAAGACAACUGAUAUAGAACUGAAAGUGAAAUUUAUUGAAUUUCUGAAGAAUGAAAGUAAAUCAAUGACUUACACAAAGAAAACUUUACAAAACUUAACAAACUUGAUAAAAAUUGAAAAUUAUUUCUUACCAACUGAUACAAGUCACAUUGAUCAAGACACAAUCAAUGAAUUUCAUUACGUUAUCCAUUAUUUAUCUACAGUCUAA